UAAAGUCUUUUUCUGUGUCCAGUGCCCUCUCACACCAGACCUGUGGUUGGGUGUAAGACCUUCGAAAUAGCAGCAUUGAAGGGAUAAUAACAUACAUAAGCAACCAAGUCAACAGAUUCUGUUGUUACCUGACGUUCAGCUGGCAUGUCUAAGUCUAAGAUUAAGAUACCUCCCCCCGUGGUGCCAGUGGUUUUGCCACCGAUUGUGCGGCCGGAUGAUGGCAUACCUGCCCGGUGUGUCUGGUUCGACCGUAAGAAGUAUGUCACGUGCAACUUCAGCAUUCAACAACCGCGGGACGUUCGUUGUGAAAUCACUGAAGACAAAGUUGUUUUACUCUGUAAAGAUGUUGACAACAAUACCAUCUACAAUGAAAUCUACUUCUAUGACAAGAUCAUGAAACAUGACUCGAGAGAGAGGCCGUAUGACCGCACUGUCAACCUGCUCCUGAGGAAGAAGACACCUGACGUGGCCUGGCCCCGUCUCACCAAAGACAACGCCAGGCCCAGCUGGUUGGCAGUGGACUUUGACAACUGGAGGGACUGGGCCAAUGAGGAGGACGAUGGCAAGGAGGAGUUUCAGCACUACGCAGAAAUGUUGAGUGACCUCAAUAAGAAAGGGGCGCCACCCGCCAUGGACGACCUGUUCGAUGAUCUAGAUAGUGACUGAUCUUGCUACACAGAACUAUUUGGAAAUCACCAUAUUAUUCCCAAGAAAACACUCAAGGAAAAAUAGACACACCCCCC